AUUCUGACGCACUGAACGUUCAUCAACAACAGACCAGAAACAAUUGUUUUGAAUCAAAGUUAACUCCAGCGGGUAAUCUUGGCCUCGGUCCAGUUGCAGCUCUCCCCGCAGAUCACCAUCAAUUCUCCAACUCAUCUCCUCUCUCUCCCACUUACUCCCAUAAAGUAUCAUCUAUUUUACCAACUACACAUAAAUCAACCAAGAUGCUCAUAAUAGGUCUCACUGGCUCCAUCGCGACCGGUAAAUCCACCGUCUCCUCCAUCCUCUCCGCCGCGCCCUACUCCCUCCCCAUCAUCGACACCGACCUUAUCGCCCGCAAAGUCGUCGAGCCCGGCACCCCAGGCUACAAAGCCAUCGUGAACUACUUCGGCCCAACAACUCCAGAUCUCCUCCUCCCAGCAUCCAAUCCCAAUGGCACAUCCGACAGCGACAGCAACCGCCCCCUCAACCGCCCAGCACUAGGACGUCGCGUCUUCGGCACCACUGAAGCCCGCAAGCGUGACCGCGCCAUCCUCAACAAGAUCGUACACCCGGCUGUACGGCGCGAGGUCUACAAAGCGCUGCUAUACUACUAUGUGCGCGGUCACUGGGCGGUGGUCCUGGAUGUGCCGCUGCUGUUUGAGAGCGGGAUGGAUCUGCUAUGUGGGACGGUGAUGGUGGUGGGGGUUUCGGAUCCGACGGUGCAAAUGGAGAGGUUGAGGAAGAGGGAUGCGCAUCUUUCGGCGGAGGACGCGGAGAAUCGAGUGAGAAGUCAGGGGGAUGUCAAGGGGAAGGUGGAGAGGGCGGAGUAUCGCGGUGUGAAGUCGGCGAGGGGCGUGGUGGUGUGGAAUGAUGGGGAUAAGGGGGAGUUGGAGGGCGAGGUGCAGAGGGCUAUGAGGCUGGUGAGGAAGAGUACGCCGCAGUGGUGGGCUUGGAUGUUGUGGUUGGUGCCGCCGGUGGGUGUUGCGGUUGCGAUGUGGAAUUUGGGGGUCAAUUUCUGGUUGAAGAGAGGGUGGGAGAAGAGGGAGAGGGAGGUGAAGGCGAAGCUGUAGGUAUAGGUAGAUAUGCCUAUGGCUGUAGGGGUUGAUGAUGUGAAUUGGGGUGCAGGUGCAGGUGAUGGAUGUAAGCUGUAUUGUUUGUCUUAAUGAUAUUAUCAUGCUGGAUUGAUUAGUCGUCGUCUGGAACAUCUGCUGGUGACUGCCUAGGGAGGUAUAGCUGGUUCUCGGCGUUCAGUCCCACGCUCGCAUCAUGAUCAAUUUCACUGAGGCGGAAUUCUCCUUCACCUCUACUCACUGCACGGCAGGGUUCCAUUGACUGAACAUCUGGUUUUGAGAGGUCGACUACAGAACUUUACAAGAUAGUGCAUAAUAUGCGAAG